AUGGCUGCCUCCCACAGUACGACGAUUCCGAAUACACCAGAUCAAUAUAGAAUCAACGGUAUCAAUAAUACAAUUGGGAGAAGGCAAUUGUUCGGAGCAUGCAAUUUUAAGCAGUUGGAUGUUGGCAUAAAAUGUGGAUGUUAUGAGUUCUGGGGCCAAUCUCAAAAAUCUAUAGCCAACGCGACAUUAGAGGAUGGAGGGUUGCCUAGAGCGGAAGUCUGCGCGUGUGGGCAUCACUUUUGCUUUCAUGAUCCUAAAUCUUCCCAGCCAACAGAGGACCAGCGAUCGCGAGCUUUAAGUAAUGUCUCGGGUCUCAAUGUGGAUCCUAUUGCUCGUAGGGCUCAAGUGAACCAUCGACCAUCAACUCCACAAAAUAUGAGCAUACCUGAGAAGGGCAACCCGGAUGUUGCUCGACGGAGUAAGAACUCGAACUUCCAAGAAACACUUCAAUGGAGCCGAUGUGUACAGUCUGAGACCAACCCAGAAGAGAUUCCUCCAAUUCCAUCGCAGUGCUUUUUACCCUCAGAGACUGCUUCAAUGACCUCGAGCCAGGUUAGACGGCCUUUUCAUGGCUUGGGCCUCAAUACCUUGAGUCAUAUUCCACGACUCAAUACACAAGUACAAGCUGUUCAACCAGGUAAGGGACGACCGAUGCAGGCUUACAAAACCUCUGAUGGUCGGAUAUUUCAUGAGAGCCCUACGGAGGUGUUGACAAUGACACCAACUUUGUUAGCAACCCAAGAUUUGCUAUUUCAAGGUGUCCCGGACGAACAAGCUAUGGAUAAAACGCUAGCAAAUAUUAAUAUCAGAGCUCAAGAUGCCACCCUACCUUUACACCCAAAUCGGUCGCCCUCUCUCCAGGCUUCUGAGAUUAGAACUGCACUAAAUGGUCAAGAAAAUAUUGUCCUGGAUAAUCUCGAUGGGCCCAAUAACCUCCUCAUUCCUAGACUUCGUGAGAUCGUUACAGAUUAUCCAGACACCAAGCGCAACCAUGAGGAUAGAAUUGACGCUCUUGAGAAUGCAUCCUUCUCGAACACUGGUUUUGAGGAGCUUCAAGUGGAUAUUAUUAAUUAUAAUGAACGUGUCUAUGAGCUUGAGAGCAGAGUAGAGGAGCUCGAAAAGGCUAAUGCUGUAGCUGACGAGAGCAGUAUAGGUACCCAUAGAAACCUGAAUGGGUCAUUCGAUUCUCAGGCAAACAAGUCACCCUCUGCUCUCGUAUCGAAUGAAAUUGACCGGUCUAAUCUUGCCUCUCGUGUAGGAAGCCUUGAAGACAGACUCGCUCGCAUAGAAGCCAUUCUUCCACCAUCAUGGGCUCGACCUUGGGAGAUUGAGGUAGUUUUCCUACCAUAUGGACCUGACAUGAUGGGAAUUUGGUCUACAAAUCACUCAAUGUCUCAACGCUCAAGGGUCAAUAGUUGCGCAUCUGAAGAUUGGACUCAGACCCAACAGAACUUUUUGGCUGCUGAGCAAGCCUCACUUUGUGAUCAAGAUUAUUCUAUAUCCUGGGAGAGGAUAUUGGAGAAGAGUGAUAUUGACGAUUGUACUCUUCUUAUGCCUAAAGCUUGUGGCGCUGCCAGUACGAUCAAUGAACGAUUAAAGAGCAGGGGUCUAGUGAAGGUGGUACAGAUCAAAGGCCCUGAUGCUCGAGAUGUACAAGUAGCUCUCAUGUCAGCGUUUGGAGAUCUUCCCAAAACGCUAUCUGAGGAUAUUUAUUCAUCCUCUAGGCAUACGCCACCUCAAAUUCCUGCAUCUAUGGAAAACUAUCUUGGACUACGCGCUGCCUGGAUACCACUGAGGAAGUUACAUAAAACGUCAACCUUAAGAUUUUUAGACCCUUCAGAGAUGGUCACUCCUGCGUUGUGGACUGUGCCAUUUCUUUCUUCGAGUGUGGCUAUGCGUACAAAGAAUAUGCGGAGACUUUAUGUAACACAAGCAGAUAGCUAUCUUCAACAUUAUGUCGACCACCCAUCAAGAUGGACUUGGCGUAAACUACGUCAGCUACCUCGAGUUCAUGAUGCAGACGCAGCAGACAGCCAUACUCCAGAGGCUGAUGCAGCUGAAACUUGUUGGGAGUGGGAUGAACGUCUCGACCCAGCUGAGGACGAUAGCUCAUUCUCCACAUCUUUGAGUAUUCGACUGUCCCAAGAGGCCGAAGAUGCUGAAAUCGAGCCUACUUCUCCGUCAGACGGAUCCUCCGCUGUCGACACACCUGUAGAAUCUUCUACGCCAACUUCAAUCGGAGUUUCUCGAGUCCAAGGAUCAUAUCCUACCAAACAAGAUCGGCAUCCGUUCAAGCCACUUCGUACGUCUUCCAUGUCCGCUCUUGCUCCACUUGGCACAUCCCAGAUGGGUAAACGUGGGAUUGGCUUCUUCGAUCGUGAUCGUGAACCACAAUCAUCACCACUUCAGAAGAUUUCCAAUUUGAAGCGUCGCCGUACUUCAAAAUCACCUAGUCAUACACAUGAUGCCUGGAGCAAUGGCCCUCCUAGUCCGGGGCCUUCUACAUUGCAAGAGAUUGACCUCAAGAGAGGGAUCACCCCAUCCGCAUACGCUACACCUUAUAGCAAUGUUCCUUAUGUUGAAGCGAACUCUCGUACUAAGGGCUUCCCGAUGCAGGAAGAUGAAAAAAGCAUGACGUAUGAUACCAAAAUGGAAGAAGGCUUUGAUGACGAUGCAUUGAGCGACGAUGGCGCAUCUGAUCAUGACCAUCAACCUUAUGAUGUAUGGGAAGGUACGGCUGAUAAUGUCCCACACAAAGAUUCACAGUCAAGUAUCAACGUGAGUUUGGCUGGCCUUCGCCCACGAGAGUCCAUGGUUGAUGAUGGAGAUGAAAGUGAUAGUACUGAUAGUACUGAUAGUACUGAUAGUACUGAUACACCUUCCGAAUAUCCAAGCACACUACCAGUUGGUAGUUAUAUUAAUAAAGGAAGCUUUUUUGAUAUCCAUGUUGAUGAAGAUUUUGAGGAUGAACUUGGUUAA